AUGGCGCCCGACGCCUCUUCCGUGCGCUCCACUGAGCGCCUCGAUGCCACCAUCCCCGGCGCAUUCGAUCCGCGCACGCCGAGCAUAGCUUCCAUCACCACCCACCAGACAUCGCUCUCGCAGGCGUUAUACGAGCGCCGCGCCGAGUACACGCGACCGCGCAACGUGCGCAUCAAAGUCGGCACCUGGAACACGGGCGCGCAAAAAGGCACCGAGCAGGAUGUCGGCAAGUGGUUCGUCCAGGGUAAGGGCAUUGAAGAGUCGCUCGCUGGACUCGGCGUGUCCGACCCUGGAGAGCACGGCAAGGGCAGCAGAGAGAGCAUCCCCGCCCAGGAAGCACGGCAUAGCACAUCAGAGCCUACUGUCCCCCACCGCGAAUCAGGAGAGGUCCCAGGCAGAGAAGAGGUCGAUAUCUACGUACUAGGCCUCCAGGAAAUUGUCGACAUCACUUCUGCCGCAGAGGCUCUGAGACCCUUCACCGACCCCUCCACGGCGAACAAAUGGAAAGCCUCGCUGGAAGCUGUGCUGCCCAAGGGCUAUCAGCUGGUAUCAGAGCAGCAGCUCAUUGGUCUGUGGCUUGUCAUCUAUGCCUCCCCAGCUGUCCUACCGCAGAUCAAGAAUGUUAGUACCACAAGUGUCGGCACUGGCUUGAUGGGAUACAUGGGCAACAAGGGCGGUGUCACGACCCGCAUCGUUCUGGGAGAGACAACUCGGCUCGUCUUCAUAAAUUCCCAUCUGGCGGCUGGAGCGGACAAGUCAUCUUUGGAGAGAAGAAAUUGGGACGCUGCCCAGAUCAACUCCCGAACACGCUUCGAUCCUGUAAUAGAUUCCCUAGGCUCUUCGCAGAACACCGGUGAAGGUUUAGGUGACGAGGACUUUGCCUUUUGGUUUGGCGACCUGAACUAUCGUCUCCAUGGGAUGCCAGGCGACGACGUGCGCCGCCUACUCACCAUACAUACAAAAGACUUGGACAAAGAAGAAAAUGCUGGUCGUACUUCGACAUCGGACGACUCCGGGUAUGGCUCCAAGCAAUCAUCUGAAGAAGCGCGCGAUGCCGUUCCUAUGCCGCCAGAACUCGAUCCAGCCUCACUACAAACCACCAUCUCAUCCCUACUACCGCACGAUGAGUUGCACCAAAUGAUGAAGAGCGACAAGGCUUUUCAUGAUGGGUGGGAAGAAGGCCCUAUUCGGUUCUUGCCGUCCUACAAGUACGACGUCGGCAAAGUUGGCGUCUUCGACUCAAGUGAGAAGCGUCGCUGUCCUAGUUGGUGCGAUCGCAUCCUCUACCGGACGCGAGCAUCUAAACAGGAGUACGAUACCCGAGUCAGGGAACAAGAGGCGGCACGUAAGCAUGCUGAAGAGAUGGAGGGGAUCGACCUGCCAGGCGACUACGAUGUCAACAGUGUCAAGAAUGUCUUGUACGCGUACGACGAAGACAACGAUGGUGACGACGACUACGAUGAGAAUGAAGACCCUGAGCCUGAGCCGAUCAAGACUAAAGACGAUCUUCAGGCUGAGAUACUGCUCGAGUAUUACACCACCCACAUGCGUGUUCUCAGCUCCGACCACAAACCCUUGGACGCUGUCUUCAAACUACAAUACGACGCCGUGAUCCCUGAGCUGAAGACCGCCAUUCAUGCCGAAGUCGCUCGUGAGAUAGACCGUCAGGAGAAUGAAGGCCGCCCGUCGAUUGCAGUAGUGGUAGAACGUGCAACCGGCUCUCCAUCUGACGGGCGAGACAAAACAGACAGCACCUUCGAAGGUGUCGACUUCGGUGACGUCAAAUUCGCAAAAUCUACAAGACGUAACAUCACCAUCGCAAACACUGGCCGUGUACCAGCCACCUUCGGAUUCGCUGAUCGUCCGGUGGACAAAGACCAGCCUGCCGGUCCGUUCCCGCCGUGGCUCUCUGUCACCUUUGACAAAGCUCAAGACAAGCUUGAUAAACCAAGUCCAGACGACAUCCAUCAAUACUUCACGCUCGCGCCCGCCGAAGUACUCAACGUCGAACUGAAACUCAAGAUUGAGAGCACAAGUUCAGUUCGCGACCUCAACGAAGGGGACGCCGUGCUUGACGAAAUCCUCGUCCUUCGCGUUGAAAACGGACGUGACCACUUCCUCCCAAUACGCGCCCACUGGCAACCAUCGGCACUUGCACGGUCAAUUGACAAGCUGAUCAAGAUUCCCGAAGGCGGUAUCAGAAAGCUGCAAAACCAGAUACCAGCCCGUGGCGAGGUAAAAUGGAGCGUGCCUAGGGAAGUAUUUCGGCUGACCGAGGCGAUAGAAGACCUGACGGAGCGAACCCUGGCCGAAUGGGACAUGACCAAGAGCGAAGGGGAAAGGGCGCCUUGGCAGGACAACGCAGGGUGGCCUUUUGUUGAAGUUCGAAGUACUGAUGGACAUGACCGAGAGGACGAGCUUGCAGGGAUUUAUGAGGCGCUGGACUGCGAUACCCCAUUCGUCGACGCAUUUUACCCGGAGACUCGCAGCACCGAGCGAGUCGAAAUGUUAGCUGAAGCCCUCAUCACUUUCCUAUCCAGCCUCACAGACGGCGUGAUCACCAAGAGUCUGUGGGAAAAGUUAGAAGAAGCGUUAGCCCGUCAGGAGAAGGCCUCGAAAAGUGCAUCUUCCCCGUUCUUCACAUCUGACGAUGAGAAGAUGACCAUCUUGGAGAUACUAGCAACGGCGCCCAACCACAACGCUACUUUCCUCCUCAUCCUCUCUUUCCUCCAAAACAUCGCGAACCAGAUUACUGAGGUUUCGAAACCGCGCCCGGAAGACAGCAACAAGAGAGCAAGCAUGGAUAUGAGCCUUCCGUCCAGUCCGCAAGCCAAGGUCAGAAGGAAGACGUUGAGUCGGGUGCCUGAACAGGCUAUCCGCCAGCUUAUCGUGAGGAACUACGCUGUCGUCUUUGCAGAUUGUUUAGUCAAGUGGAAGGAUGGUGGUAGAGAGAAGGAAAGGGCAGCUAGGAAAGAGAAGAUGGUUGGAGUGCUUGAGUUGUUUUUGAAGCAGGACUGA